AUGGAAGCCGAUCUGACCAGCGUCGAAGUAAUUUUCGCUCAGAAGCUUGCAUGUGGCGAACCGGUCACACGUCAACGAGCUUUUCGUACGUUGCAAGAAUGGAUUAAGCAACAGUCAACAGUACGACCUUUCAAUGAGGCGGAUAUGCUUCGAUUAUGCAAAGGUCUUCAUUAUGUGUUGUGGAUGCAAGACAAAAUGUUACUACAGGAAGAACUGGCUGACAGAAUUAGUCAGCUUCAACUAGUGUUUACCAGAGAAGAGGAACGUGUUCUUUUUAUCGAAUCUGUAUUUAAAAGUUUGGCAAAAGAAUGGAAUCACAUAGAUAGAUGGCGGAUGGAUAAAUUUCUUAUGAUGAUGCGCCGAGUUCUUCGGGUAUUGUUUACUCAUCUUAGCUCCCUUAAGUGGAAGAAAUCAGUUCGAGAUCCUUACUGGGCAGCUUUUUGCCGGACUACAAUAUCAAGUGAUAAAUCUUUUCCGGAUGGGUUAAAGUUCCAUUUUGCCUCAAUAAUUCUUGACGAGAUGGACAACGCAGGUGGCAUCACUAAGAAGCAAAUAACGGCCUGUCUGCAACCGUUCGCGGAUCUUCUAGGCAUCCGAGCCAUCAGCGAUUACCUUUUUGACUCGAUUGCCGAGGAAAUCUUCGCUACGAUAUUACAUCAGAAAUCAGAAGAGAUUGCUUCUAAAAUGGAAUCUGAUGAAGGUGUAGAUGAAGAGUCAACGGGGAUUCAGAUUGACUACGUUGCACUGGGUAAAAUGCUGUUUGACAUAGGCAAAAAGCCCGAAACUGUCUCUAAACGACGAAGGAAGUUGUAUGAUCUAGUCAAAAGAUUCGAUAUGGCAGCGAAAGGAUGUGAUCCAUAUCAUUUCGAGCCUCCGGUGCCAGAAAUUGAGUUGACCUCGAAGGAUUUUGAAGAAGCUGAGCUCAAGCUGAAGAAACUUCAAGAGGAGGUUGUAUUAGAGCGGCAACGAAUGAAACUGGAAAAGAGGAAAAGGCGUCUCGAAAGCGAGUCCACCGCCAAAAAGCCCCGAAAGGAUGGAGAAGAGGAUCAGAACGAGGACGAGCUUUCGGCAGCAGUAGUUUUUUCAAGCUCAGGAGAAAAGGAACGAGCAAAAGAGGUCCUGGUGGCUCGAUUACGAAAGGACGGCUGGGUUACCGAAGUAAAAGCAAUGGCUCGGCGGAUGAUUAAGGAGCGAGGUGUGGAUAAUGUGAACCUGGAAAUGUUGUAUGAAGAGUUAAAGCAGCCAGCACGACGACUGGUUUCCGAAGAUGCGAAAAAAGAGCUGUAUUUGAUAGUAAGGGACUUGGGUGGCUCAACGAUGUGA